AAAAAAAAAAAAAAAAAAACCAAAAACGACUGAAAUAGGAAGGAUAUUUAUUGAUUGAAUUAAUAAUGUAGAAGUAUGAAGAAGUAGUAAUACAGACUCAUUAAUAAAGCACUAAACGAAAAUUAGAUUAAAUACAUAGAUAGAGGGUGGCAAUUGACAUUUGAUUAGAGAAUUGCCAUUUAGUGCUUGUGGUGUUUCUUGUGUUGUUUCUUGUUGUGUUUCUUAUGAUGUUUAUCAUCCUCGUCAUCGUCAUGCUUGUGGUGUUUUUUAUGGUGCUUAUCAUCCUUGUCAUCAUCGUCAUGCUUGUGAUGCUUCUUAGAAUGCUUAUCUUCCUUGUCAUCAUCGUCAUGUUUGUGGUGCUUCUUAGAAUGCUUAUCAUCCUUGUCAUCAUCGUCAUGCUUGUGAUGUUUCUUAUGGUGCUUAUCCUUCUCGUCGUCAUCAUCAUGCUUGUGAUGCUUCUUAGAAUGCUUAUCAUCCUUGUCAUCAUCGUCAUGCUUGUGAUGUUUCUUAUGGUGCUUAUCGACCUUGUCAUCAUCGUCAUGUUUGUGGUGCUUCUUAGAAUGCUUAUCAUCCUUGUCAUCAUCGUCAUGCUUGUGAUGUUUCUUAUGGUGCUUAUCCUUCUCGUCAUCAUCGUCAUGCUUGUGGUGCUUCUUAAGUUUGUGGUGCUUGUCAUCUUUAUUCUUGGAGUCCUUAUCACCCUUACCCUUGACAUCCUUGUCAUUCUUAUCCUUGGAGUCCUUGCCAUCCUUAUCCUUGGAGUCCUUAUCACCCUUACCCUUGGAGUCCUUGUCAUCCUUGUCAUCCUUAUCCUUGGAGUCCUUGCCAUCCUUAUCCUUAGAGUCCUUAUCACCCUUACCCUUGACAUCCUUGUCAUCCUUAUCCUUGGAGUCCUUAUCAUCCUUAUCCUUGGAGUCCUUAUUAUCCUUAUCCUUGGAGUCUUUGUUAUCCUUAUCCUUGGAGCCCUUAUCAUCCUUAUCCUUGGAGUCCUUAUCAUCCUUAUUCUUGGAGUCUUUGUCAUCCUUAUCCUUGGAGUCCUUGUCAUCCUUAUCCUUGGAGUCCUUGUCAUCCUUGUCAUCCUUAUUCUUGGAGUCCUUAUCAUCCUUAUCCUUGGAGUCCUUAUCAUCCUUAUUCUUGGAGUCUUUGUCAUCCUUAUCUUUGGAGUCCUUGUCAUCCUUAUCCUUGGAGUCCUUGUCAUCCUUGUCAUCCUUAUCCUUGGAGUCCUUAUCAUCCUUAUCCUUGGAGUCUUUGUCAUCCUUAUCCUUGGAGUCUUUGUCAUCCUUAUCCUUGGAGUCCUUAUCGUCCUUAUCCUUGGAGUCCUUGUCAUCCUUAUCCUUGGAGUCCUUGUCAUCCUUAUCCUUGGAGUCCUUAUCAUCCUUAUCCUUGGAGUCUUUGUCAUCCUUAUCCUUGUUGUCAUCACCAUUAUCGGUAGGAUUCUUGACAUCCUUAUCCUUGGAGUCAUCACCAUUAUCGGUAGGAUUCUUGACAUCCUUAUCCUUAGAAUCACCAUCCUUAUCCUUGGAGUCCUUAUCGUCCUUAUCCUUGGAGUCCUUGUCAUCCUUAUCCUUGGAGUCCUUGUCAUCCUUAUCCUUGGAGUCCUUGUCAUCCUUAUCCUUGGAGUCCUUAUCGUCCUUAUCCUUGGAGUCCUUGUCAUCCUUAUCCUUGGAGUCCUUGUCAUCCUUAUCCUUGGAGUCCUUGUCAUCCUUAUCCUUGGAGUCAUCACCAUUAUCGGUAGGAUUCUUGACAUCCUGAUCCUUGGAAUCACCAUCCUUAUCAGCAGGAUUCUUCAGAUCUUUAUCCUUGGAGUCAUCAUCCUUAUCAUCCUUAUCAUCAUUCUUUUCGUCAUCCUUCUUUUCUGAAGUUUCAGUAGGAUGUGGAAUGGGAACAACAGUAGUAGGGGUGGCAACCACAUCAGUAGAAGUAGAGACAGUAGUAGGAGUAGCAACUACAUCAAUAUCGGUUGACGUAGAGGCAGCAGGAGUUAUAGGAGCAGCAGAGGAGAGUGCAACAAGAGCGGCACCAGCAACGGCGGACAGCAGAAGUGUACCACGCAUAUUGAUGACCUAUUUUAAUAGUUCGUGGUAGAGGUAGGAAGAGAAAUGCCUGUUGGAGGAAUGGCAUACCCCUCUUCUAUAUUGUUUGAUAUUUAUAUGAAUUGCUUGGCGGUAAAUCUUAACUUUUGUUCAGGUAAGACACGGUUCAAAGGAACUCUUAUAGGGC